AAUUUGCUUAGCCCUGAGAAGAAAAAGGAAAAGGCAGAUAAAUCAUGAAUCACUUAAUGGUUCUGGCAAUACUGCUCUCCCUGAGGACUUGCUACACUACAUACCCACAGCAAGAAUCUACUGUGUUUCCAGUAACGUACCUUAACAUUUCCAAGGAUUUAGCUCUUCAGCGGCUGCUAGUGGAAUGGGAUGUUGGCAAGUCAGCACAUGAUGCUGAGCUGGCAAUGUCUUUUGAAAUACAAGUCCGUCGAACAGAUGAAACUACUACUUUGUGGACAGAGUUCCAUAACAUCACACUUGAUAAAUCAGGAAAGCCUCUUCACUGGGUAUGGGAUUCAGACAUACCUUUGGAGUGUAUGUCACACUCGGUAAGAAUCAGGAGCAAAGCAGAAGCAUCAAAAAUCUGGAGUCAGUGGAGCCUGUGGGAGACUGUCCUGGGCCUGGACACUUCAGAUAACAAUAAAACACAAAUCUUUCCAAAGGAAAAAUUCGUAGAGGAAGGUUCUGACAUCACUCUUUGUUGCAUUGGAAGGAAAGGUCAAACCAUUAAGCAAUUCUUUCUACUCCCAGAUGUUCAUGUUUUCAAUCACACAAAGGGUCAAGUUGGACUUCUCACUGUGAAAAAUGUGGCACAUCAAGGAGUGCCUCACAUCACUGUCUACUGUCAAGAGUCUUGCAAUGAAGAGCAAUGCUAUGAUAAUGAAAUUUUCUUUGUGGGUAAACCACCUGAUACACCUAAUGAUUUUUCCUGCCAAACUCAAGACAUGAGAACAGUGACAUGUACUUGGAGCCAAGGAGGAGACACCUAUCUUUAUGGACGUCAUUCACCAAAAUACACCUUGUCUGAAGAGUAUUCCCAAAAACCAGUUCCAUGCACAGUAAGUUGUUCUGAGCAGUGCUCGUGUUCUUGGGAUGUAGGCCAGCAGAGGAUCUGUAACAUCACAGUGACUGUGGAAAACCCACUGGGAAAGAAAACUGCCACGGAUGUUUUUGAUGUAACUCACAGAAUUUAUCCUGCUGCACCUUUCCAGCUGUGGGAAGAAUGCACAGAUACAGAAAUCACAUUGUAUUGGAAACAUCGAAACAAAGGAAUUGAACUCUUUUGUCAGACUGAAGUGCUCCAACCUGAUGGGAAAGUAGACUUGCAUAAUAGUUCAGAUAUGCACCUCCAUUAUGCCAGUGUCACUCUGGGUGGACUGCAACCGUACACUGAAUACACAGUUAGGGUACACUGUGGGGCAGCUAAGCAUUUCUGGAAGUGGAGUGAAUGGAGUGAAGCCCGGACCAUCAGAACAAAGGAAGCAAGUCCAUCAGGGAAACUGGACAUCUGGAGAGAAAUUACACCAGUUCAGGGCGGGCGGAAUGUGACCUUGUUCUGGAAGCAAGCACCAAGUUUUCGAGCAAAUGGAAGAAGUAUUUCAUAUGAAGUAACCUGGGAAAAAGUAGAAGAUGGCUCUAAGCCUGAAAGCAUCUUCCUUUCAUCAGCCUACAAUAACACAAGGAUUUUUAUUGAUAACCAUUCCUACAGAAUCAGUAUCAUGGCAAAGAACAAUGUUAAUUAUUCACUUCCUUCAGUAUUGAUCAUCCCUAGAGCUACAGGCACUGAAGAGCUUAAAGAAGAACAGGUUAAUGGUACAGAUGAUGGUAUUUUUAUUUCCUGGGAGCCCAGACAUAUAUAUGACAGUUACAUUAUCGAUUGGUGUAACUUUCCGAUGUUGCAGCCUUGUGAUUUGCAGUGGAAGAGAUUUGGGCCUAACACGUCCAGUGCUCUGAUCAACUCAGCUGCUUUUGUUCCGGGGGUGAGAUACAACUUCCACAUCUAUGGAUCUGUUGCUGAUAGAGCCUCCUUACUGGAGAAGAAGACUGGUUACCUCAGGGAGCUACCUCCUCUGGUUGACCCUAGUGUGGAAAAAGUUGAACUGACUUUCAAUGCAGUAACACUAUUUUGGGAUUCUUAUUGCACAAAUGAGUCACAGGCUGGUUUUGUAAGAGGCUACCAUGUUUAUGUGUCACCUAUACAAGAGAACUGCAGUUUGAAAGGAUCUGAAAGCCACGUUCUUCCAGAUCAUUCAGUGCUAUGUAAAUACACAAUUGAAAACCCAGAAGAAAAGAGAUACACUGUGAAACACCUAUUGUCAAACACAAAAUACAAACUAGUGGUUAAAGCAUAUACAGGCGGAGGAGAGACUCCCAUUGCUAACUUUAUAUACAUAGAUACACCAUUCAACUCAAACAUGCUGUACCUUCUAGUCCUGCUAGUGUUGGUUCCAGCACUAGUAGCAACUAUAUGCCGCUGGAAGAUGAAGUGGGUGAAGGGGUGCUGCUGUCCUGUCAUACCUAGUCCUCACAAGAGCAAAGUGCUGUCAUUCAAAGAGUUUAAGAUCAGUUCCGAGAAAGUACUGAAAAUAAGUGACUGCAUUCCUGACAUGCUAGCCGUGGACAGCAAGGCCGAAGUCCACAAGUUGCACGUAUGGAGCCAGUUGUCCUCAGUGCCAACAGAAGAUAAGAUUGAUGGUCACAGCUCUUCCUGGAUUUACCCUAAUGAAAAUGAAGAGAGAGACUUCACACCCACACCUACACCUCAGGCUCAUACUUGGUUUGAAAAUUUUGCUUAUUCCUCUCGUCUUGCAGUUGACUCUGAUCCCUAUCAAAUACCGCAGACACCAGAAGCAAGCAAGCCAGAACUGUCAGUAGUGCCGUACCAGCCACACUACUAUGACAUUUUUAAUCACGAUGCUGCCUCAACACCCAGAGAAACAGCCGGCAGAACGACCAGUCUGAGAUACAUUUCACAAACAAACGUGCACUGCCUAGGGAGGAGGCUUUGACGUACUCUCUCCUCCACCGAGUCCAGCCCAUGUUUGGUUACGUAAUAUAAAUAAGAAUUUUGAAAACCACAACAACUUUCUCCGUUUGAUGAAGACUUUCACAAGCCCAACUGCCCUACUUCUGUUAAUGCUGCAAAGCUCUUGCUUCAGGACUAGUUUAAAAAUACUGAACGUGUGCACAGGAAUGAUGCUUGCUGUGGUUUCAUCACAAGUUGCAGGCAUUACGUAAGGCUUACAGGCUGUUUUGUGCUGUGUAUGAUGUAGAAGGUUAGAUCACAGCAGUUUCUCAUAGCCUGAUGCGAGGAACUACCGUAUUGUGCAGAGAUUAAAAAUUUAUUCACAAAGUAGAGGAGGGAGUUAAACAAGCAGGUAGGGGGUUGUGCCCAAGGAGCAUGUUUCACUUGCAGCCUUCUGCGUGCGCUCACUGGGUGCUCUGGCCACCCAUAGCCCCUAGCAGUGCCCAGCUUUGGCAUCCACCUCAGCCCAGGAACGGGGUUGUGUUUUCCCUCUCUCAGGUGGUGUAGGGAGCCAACACGGAAGGGUUACCUGCGUUCAGUGUGGCGCAUUACUGAAAGAUUAGAAGGAACUCUAGUAGGAGUGCACCAAAAUCCAGUGAUCGUCCUGCUCUUAUUUCACCUGUCUUCUGUCUACACUUGGUGGGUGAAGGAGCACAGAGAAUGGAUUUUUAUAGUACAGGCCCCCUGUUUGUGGGCUGCCGCUCCCAUUUCCGGUAACUGGGGCUCCCCCCACUUCUCCCUUCUUUGCCUGGAAGAAUGACCCUUUAAAAUCCUGAACAAAGUCCUCUUAACUAAAGAAACAUGGGGCAUUAAGGGGAAGGGAACUGUUUUUUCCAGCAGGACAGCUGUUUGCAGGGGUGUUACCAUGGAACGGUCUCCCCGCUUGGGCACAUGAACUUAACUGCUUUUGGCGUUGCCGCCGGCACUUGUGUAGCAGGCCCCAGGCAACCGGGUGAGCCGGCACGGUCGUCGGAGGCAUCGGUGUGUGAAUCCCAUUUGUGAAGAACAACAUACUCAGG